AUUUGUUAGACGUAAGAGAAAAUAUAUCAGUUUAUUGUUAAAUUAUUAUGACGUUCUUUCCAACACAAAACGUGUCGAAACUAUUGUUUCCAAACUGCGUUACCCACUCCAGCCAGCAGAUGGCGAUGGGCGUCUUUCAGGUGAUGCUUCUUGCGUGACGUAUAAUGGACUGGACGGGACGCUUCUUCAGGAACAACAACACGGCUUCUCUUUCAACCACCGAGGUAGUUUGCUAGACAACAUAAAACAUUGACGUUUUAGACCAUCUUAAUGUACAUUAGCUAAUCUCAGUGUUUUAAACACAUUUCGGUUGACGUAUCUACUGGUAAACUUUAACCGAAUGUGCUUGUUCAAUUUGCAAACGGGUUAAAGAUUGAUACUGGGCCUGGCCGCUAAUGCUACCUAACUAGCUAGCAAACAUCCCUGACCAUGAGCUCACUAAACUACUCCUCCCUUGCUAAAGAAGAGGAGGCCUGCUGUACGGAGAAUGAAGCUCUGGGACUGAACAUUGUCGUGGAAGAUCAAGAUGAUGUUAUUGAGGAAACAGAGGAAGAACCUUUUAGAGAAGAAGAGGAUGCUGUCUCAAUAAAGGUGAAGGAGGAAGACGUCUUGAGAGUGAAAGAGGGGGAGACAGAAUAUCAGAUUACCACCAGCCCCGUUCACACAGGAGAGAUACGUGACUAUUGUGGAUCCUCUGGGGAGCCUCAACAACAUCCUGAUGCUGACGAGGCAGAGAAGAGUCUCUCCAGAUCAGAACACCAGAUGGACAACGCUAGCCCUUCGUCCCUCCCAGAGUCCCCGUGUCAUGCCUCUCCCGGUAGCACCUUACUGCUGGGUAUGAAGAGGUUGUCUGUGCUGCUGGUGGACUGCAGGAAAACAACGGGGCUGAGUGGAACUGUGAGAGGAGGAGAAGAGAAGAAAGGAUCAGAUUUGACACAUCAAAGAGAAAACACAAACCCGGAGGAACCAGGGACGUCCAAACCGGCAAGACGACACCUCUGCUCCCAGAUUGGAAAGAGUUUUACCAAGUUAGGAAGUCUGAAAAGACAUGAGAGGAAACACACAGCAGAGAAGCUACACCAUUGUGCCCAGUGUGGAAAGAGUUUUAACCACUUAGGAAACAUGAAAUCUCAUGAGAGAAUACACACAGGGGAGAAGCCAUACCUUUGCGCUCAGUGCGGAAAGAGUUUUAGCCGCUUAGGACAACUGAAAUGUCAUGAGCGAAUACACACAGGGGAGAAGCCAUACCAUUGUGCCUGGUGUGGAAAGAGUUUUAAGGUCUCAGGAAUGCUGACAACUCAUGAGCGAAUACACACAGGGGAGAAGCCUUUCAAAUGCUCAGACUGUGGGAAGACAUAUUACUCAUCACAGUCACUUAAAAGUCAUGUGAGAAUCCACACAGAAGAGAAUAAUUACUUCUAGUGUGAAUAUUGAUAUUUCACUUCACAUUGACUUCGUCAGAGAACAUACACAGUGGCCCCGUUGUCUUAUAUUGUUGACUGAGAAUGUGUUUACCUGUUUUUACCAUAUGAAAUGUAAUUGUACAACGUAUAUUCAAACAUAUAUUUGUAUGUUUUUAUUAGAAACCAUAAAUUGUAUAUGGAGUAUGUCAGUUUGAAUAUAGAGUAGAUCAGAUUCCAUGUGUUUAAAUGGUCCUUUUUUAAACUCUAUGUGUGUUUAUCUGGGUGUGUCAUUCCUCCAGCACUACAGAUAAUCAAGUGAUAUUUGGAUGUGAUGCAUUUGUUCCAUUGUUGACAUUUGCAGUGUUGGCCCACUGAUGAUUUAAUGAAAUGAAAAUGUUCAGACUCUGUAAUGGAAAAUGUUACUCAGUUAUGUGGACACACAAACAAUUAUGUGACUAACCUUGUGAAACUGUCCUAUUAUAAUCUCCUGUUCUUGGGAGUAUCAUCCUGUGUUGCAAACCAGCUGCACCUGUGUCCUUGUAUGAAUAAAGUCCCUCCCAGGAACAGGAAACUAUAAAGAUAUGUGGUCAUCACUCAAUGCUUCAGGAAUUCAGACUGUCUACACUGCACUGUGUAACUCUCUUUAUUUCUGAGCUCAGAGAGAAAAACAAUCUUGGUUUGACUUGGACUCCAGCAGAUCCUUAUUUUAUAAUAUCCACCUCUCCCACGGAUUGCUGUUUAUCAUUGUCUCAAUGAAGAGUUCUUUGUUUUAUUUUCCAGGGGUCAUUUACAAGCCUCCCACUGGUUGAAUAAAUCAAAUCAAAUUUUA